AGAAGAAGAAGAAGAAGAAAAAGAGAUCAAAGGGGGUUGAAUGAUGAUCUCAGCGAUGGUCGUUUGACGAUAGGGGAAAACGAGAAACGGAGAAACUUUCUCCUCGGUUUCUUCAGCUUCAGUUCAAAAUGCUGGACAUAUUUCGAGGCCUGAAGAGCCUUAUCAAGAUCUCUCACGUACACAUUGACACGGCCGUGUUCCGGUUGCAUUACAGUUUAACCGUGAUCCUGCUCAUCUCGUUCUCGUUGAUCGUGACCACGAGACAAUACGUUGGCAACCCGAUCGACUGCAUUCACAGCAAAGAUCUACCGGAGGACGUGUUGAACACGUACUGUUGGAUACACAGUACGUACACGAUCACUGCGGCUUACAGGAAACGAGAGGGUUUCGAGGUACCGUUCCUCGGCGUCGACAAUUCCAAGUCGCAUCCGGAGACAGAGAGGAAGGAGUACAGAUACUAUCAGUGGGUCUGCUUUAUGCUGUUUCUUCAGGCGAUUCUCUUCUACACGCCUCGAUGGCUGUGGAAAGGAUGGGAGGGCGGCAAGAUUCACGCUUUGAUGAUGGAUCUCGACAUCGGCCUCUGUUCCGAGGUGGAGAAGAAGCAGAAGAAGAAAAUGUUGCUCGACUAUCUGUGGGAGAACCUUCGAUUUCACAAUUGGUGGGCUUAUAGGUACUACCUCUGCGAAGUUCUUGCCCUGCUGAAUGUGAUCGGUCAGAUGUUCCUGAUGAACCGGUUCUUCGACGGUGCGUUUCUCACGUUUGGCAUCGACGUGCUCAGGUUCCUCGAGUCGGAUCAAGAGGACCGGGUCGACCCGAUGAUCUACGUAUUCCCUAGGAUGACCAAGUGCACCUUUUACAAAUACGGCGUGAGCGGCGAGGUGGAGAGGCACGACGCCGUUUGCAUAUUGCCCCUGAACGUCGUCAACGAGAAGAUCUACGUCUUCCUUUGGUUCUGGUUCCUCUUCCUCGGCGUGCUCAGCUUCAUCACGGUUUUAUACAGGAUCGUAAUUAUAUUUUCGCCACGGACGAGGGUGUACCUUCUGCGACUGCGGUUUCGCUUGGUGAGAAGAGAUGCCGUGGAGACGAUAGUUCGGCGGAGCAAAGUCGGCGAUUGGUUUCUUCUGUACAUGCUGGGCGAGAAUUUGGACACGGUGAUAUACCGGGACGUGAUGCACGAGCUGGCGAAUAAACUCGCCUCGAGGCAUCAUCACAGCAUUGCCUCGGAGGGCGACCGGAACGAGCACGAUUUUCGAGGCGACGGGAAAACUAUCUUUCAGCGGGGAGAAACCUGGCGUUUCAUUCCCCUUUGCCAAAGAUGGAAGGACGAGCAACCUUCAACAGCGUUCGCCAGUUGCUCACGUUACGAACGUGUUGUUGCGCCAACCGGUGCAAUUUGUAUGGGAUGGUGCGAUAACAAUCGCGUAAAAGACAAAUUGCCAGCGUGCCUUGCGACGCAUUCGCGAAAGCAUUUUGCAAAGAUUUGAUGAAAAGGGGAAGAAGAACACAGCGAGU